CAAACACGAAAUUUAACGGAUUAUUUGGCAUAACUUGAUCAGUACAUUACUGUUAGAUAUACAAUGGCUGUUCUUGUAGUUGUUCUGAAUAUAUUUAUCCAGUUGUCCACCGCUGCUGUGAUACUAAACCAGACUCUGACCACUGAUAAUGUACACCUCACACUGAGGAAUUCCGACAGUUUACGACAAUUAAGAAAUCAAGAGACGUUAAUACGGAUGUCAAUGAGGAGAGAUCUACAGAAUCUACAGAAAGAUCAAAGAAAACUGGAGAAUGAGAACCAGGCACAAAAGAAAGAAUUCAACAAUCUGAAGUUCAAGUUUGAAGAAUUAAAGAAUGAAACCAUUUCCCUGAAAAAACUGAAUGUGAACUUAACCAAUGAAGUCACUGAUUUGUGGAAUGAAAAAGACAAAACUGAGAAAAUGAUCAUGGCAAGAGAUGGAAAUAUAACUGAUAUAGUGAGGAAAAUUGAGGAAUUAUCCAAAAUAAGUUCUUUACCGGUCCAUGAUGUUAUCAACAAUUUAACAGAUGUCCGAUACCAGAUGUCUGGCUAUCCAGACCUUCUUGUACAAGCAGCAUGUGCAGGACAAAGCAAGACUCCAGAGCAUGUGGCAGCUGUGAGAAGAACGUGUUCGAGGAAGGCUCCUUCCUGCGAUACAGUUUGUAAAGCAGCCACGCCCCAGAUGAAAGCUAGAGUGAAUGAGGGCUCCAAAGAGGCAACAUGUUUCAUGUCUUUCCACUUUUAUGAUUGGAAUGAGAAGAUUAAACCAGGUGCUCCGGGAAAGUUUAAUCGACUCAUGUACCGCUACCAUUCGGGUGCUUGCUCGCAACAGUAUUGCGGGCCGAAUUUUUGUUGCUGUAGAUUUUAAUUAACACACUGAAAUUCUUUGGGUCUCCUCCAACAAAACCUUUGUGACAUUUUAUUAGAUUUCGUUUGUUGGAUACAUGAUAAAAAGAGAAUUGCUAAUUAUUUUCAUUUAUUAUGGUGGGGGGGGGGGGGCAGUUGUAUGCAUUGUUGUUAUCAAUGUAAUUAUGUCAAUUUUAAUGAAACGGGCAAUAAACAAUCGCUAAAUUAUAAACACGUUUGAUGUGAAUUUGUUGUCCGAUGGCAGGACAUGUAUUAGAGACAACUUUAAAGGAUGAGAAGAUAUGGAAAAAAAUAUUCAGGUUCGUUAAAGAAUAUGUCUAGUAGAAAAGAAGGAAAAUAGUUUAUUGACAAAUGAUGGAAAUGGCGUAAUACAUUUCCAAUCUUGCGCUGUAAAUUGCACUUUCUUUGCAUUACGGGAUCUGUAGUGUUAUGGUCAAAGACUAACAUAAAAACGUACCGCUUCAGUUCUGCAGCUUAAUCAUAUGAUGCAAUGCUUAUAAUGAUUAUUUUCCUCAAUUUGUCAUGUUUAAAAAUUCCAUGUUAUCUAGUGUAAAAUAGUUGUGUUUUAUUGCAUAAUACUGGGUAAUUAUGACUCACCAUAAAAUGAGGAUGUAAGAAGUAAAAUCAUAAUAUCA